AUGGCAUUAUUACACAAUGGGUUGUCAAAUUUGGAUGCAGCUAAUGAGGAAAAGGAGGUGGAAAGUCACUUGUGUGAUAGGGAAAAGACGCCAUAUGAUAUAACGUUAAUCACAAAUUCCAUUAAGGACAACUUAAUGUGCAGUUCACUCAAUGAAUUUGAGAUAGAGGCACUGGCUAGUUCAAUGCGUCUCUAUAAAUAUAACAAAAAUGAGAUUGUAACCAAGCAAGGUGCAAUUGGAUCGCAUUUCUUCAUUAUCAGUUCCGGUCAUUUCCAAGUUGAUAUUAGCGGUAAUGUCAUAAAGGUUCUAGAGAAAGGUGCUUCAUUUGGUGAAAUAUCACUUAUUCGUAACACUGCUAGAACUGCUACAAUUACGGCAGUCUAUGAAGGACCUUUUUAUCUUUGGGGAGUUAAUAGACAGGCAUUUAGGGACCUUCUUAAGCAACUAUCAGUUCGCAAUUUUGCUGAAAAUCGCAAGUUCAUAGAUUAUGUUAUAAUAUUUGAAAUGCUAAACGACUCGCAGAAGACAAUGAUUACAAAUGCCCUGGUGGAGGUUAAAUUUAAUACUGGAGAUAAUAUUGUUGUACAGGGUGACAAGGGAGACGUUUUGUUUAUACUAAAAAAUGGUGAAGCAGAUGUUAUUAUUGAUAAUGUAUGCAUAAGAAGGCUUAAUAAGGGAAGUUACUUUGGCGAAAGGGCAUUACUAUAUGAUGAACCUAGAUCGGCAACUAUAAAGGCGGUUUCUGAAACAACUUGCAUAACAUUAACUCGUGAUAUACUUAACCGUGUACUAGGAAAUUUUCAACAUGCAUUAUUUCGCAAUAUUAUGAUGGAAUCACUCCAGCAAUCUGAGGUCUUCCGCCAAUUUACCUGCAAUCAACUUACACAACUAAUUGAAUCUGCCACUGUUAAAGAUUUUUUAGGUAGUAAAACAAUCUUAAAUUGUGAAAUUUUACUAAAGGGAAUUAGAUUUUUCAUUGUACUGGAAGGGAAUGUUGAAAUUUAUUAUAAUACUCACCUACUUGGUAAAAUGAGUAGAGGUGAUUCAUUUGGCGAGGAAUAUGUAAAGGAGCCCAAAGUCCCCUUUUCACACAAGGUUAUAGCUACUUCAAAUUGUAAAAUAGCAUUUCUUACGGGCCAUGCUUUACUGAGCGUUUUAGGCGGCGAAGAUCUUGAGGGUAAACUUGAAUAUAAUAAUAAAAUGUCAAUUGUCAAGAAGAUGUAUAUAUUCCGGUACCUUUCUGAAAAGCAAUGCGAUUUGUUAAUUAAAGCGUUUAAGACUGUUAAUUAUAAAAAAGACGAUUAUAUCAUAACACAGGGAGAAUUGGGUGAUAGCCUAUAUAUUAUCAAAGAUGGUGAGGUUACUAUUAAGAAGAAUGGUACUAAGAUUAGGAAUUUAGGUAAGCACGAUUAUUUUGGUGAGCGUGCUUUGCUUUAUGAUGAGCCACGAUCGGCAUCUGUUGUAUGCGAUUCGCCUAGUGCAUCACUUUGGGUAGUUGGUAAACCAAUUUUCCUUAAUAUCAUACAAGGGCCGAUGCUUAGUCAUCUUGAAGAUCGAAUCAAGAUGCAAGACGUGUUAGUGGAUUUUGACGAUCUUGAAUCAAUAAAACUUAUAGGCAAAGGCACGUUUGGAACAGUUAAACUGGUAGAGCACAAAAAUUCUGGCAUUAGAUAUGCAUUAAAAUGCGUUUCCAGGAAAUGUAUUGGUCAAUUGGGCCAGCAGUCAAAUAUCAAAUUGGAGCGUGAAAUCAUGGCACAAAUUGACCACCCUUUUAUUAUUAGAUUAGUUCGCACUUUUAAGGACGAUGCUAACCUUUAUUUCCUAACUGAAUUAGUAACUGGUGGAGAAUUAUAUGAAGCAAUUCGCAAGUUAGGGUUACUUAGUAGAUCUCAUGCACAAUUUUACCUGGCUUCUAUUAUUUUAGCCAUUGAAUAUUUGCAUGAAAGACAAAUCGCAUACAGAGAUUUAAAACCUGAAAAUAUAUUACUGGACCACCAAGGAUAUAUUAAACUCAUUGAUUUUGGCUGUGCAAAAAAGAUAACCUCCCGUUCUUAUACACUGGUGGGAACGCCGCAUUAUAUGGCCCCUGAAAUCAUUUUAGGUAAAGGUUAUACCUGUACCGCUGAUAUUUGGUCUUUUGGCAUUUGUCUAUACGAAUUUAUUUGUGGUCCUCUUCCCUUUGGUAAUGAUGCGGAUGAUCAAAUUGAAAUAUUUCGUGACGUGUUAACGGGCCAGCUAAGCUUUCCGGAUUAUGUGGAGGAUAGAGAGGCCAUAAAUCUAAUUAAGCGACUACUUUGUCGUAUUCCUGAAGUUAGGAUUGGGAGCUCAAUUAAUGGAUACAACGACAUCAAGGAACAUUCCUAUUUCAAGGAAUUUGAUUGGGAUAAAUUGACUGGGCGUAUGCUAGAGCCUCCACUGCUGCCUGAAGGUGAAGUCUACUGUGGUGAUCAGUAUUCAGACAAUGAAAGUACAAUCGCACAUAACGAGGAACCGAAUGAAACUAAUACCAUGCUUAAUGGUUGGGACAAUGACUUUUAA